AUGAAUCGACCUACAAUUGCAGGCAUCAACGGGAUCAUAAACGGAAAUAUAAACGGCGGAAUUUUUACUGGAAUAUCAGAAAGGACUACAUUAAAGAGAGAUCGAGAAAAGGUACAGAUGCGCGGACUACGAUGUAGUCACAAACAAACAAAAAUUGACGAUGAGAAUGCUCAAUGGCCCUGUAUCCAAGCUCACAUACCUCCUUUGAGAGUUGUCUCUCCUUCAAACAGCUAUCUUUACAGCACCCAGCAGGAAUUAAUUAAUCACAUUUCGAAAUGUUUUACUUCUUCAAUUCCAGCUGUAGGAGCAAAGCGUAAUGAGCCCAGUGAUAACAAUGAAGAGCAGGUUGAGGGUGAUGAGGAGAUAAAAGUUGAUCUAACAAGUAUCACAGAGCAUGUGCAACGUGCACCAACUAAUGAGUGGAAAGUUGGUGACAUCAACGUGACACAGAGGUUCCGUCAUUACCAGGAAGAGGUACUUAUAAAAGCGGAGAAUGAAGGUUUGACAUAUGAGAAUAUUUACGAAGUCCUAGCUUUAUCAUCAAUGAUGGUGCUCUGUUCGCCAUGUCCGUAUCACGUGUUCACGAAUCAAGAGUGGAAAGAGAUUACGAAAACCAAUCCUUACAGUGCAAAAGAACCAUUACUUCCGCCAGAAAUUGCAUCGUCGCUUCGUGAUACAGCUGGUAGACAUUUUAUUUGUGGAGAUGUCUUCAUGGAUCGUGGAGAAUCGGAGUUAAAUAAAUUAGUCUCAAUCAUGUUCAACAACUUAUAUUAUGGCAUCCCCGAUGUUGCUCCAUUGAAGUUAUCUGAAGAAGAGCACUGUGACAUGUUCGUUUAUCCGAUCUCUCGUUCAUUUCAUAGAUCUGGAAAAGAAUAUGACCUUGUCUUAAAUCGUGCUACUAGGGGUAAAGAUACCAUGAAGGCACAACUAAAGGCUCGAAAAUCAAUUAAUCAGCAACUGGAAACUAAGGGAGGUCCAGGAAUUAGUGCCGUAUUUUUAAACAUGGGUGAUUUAAUGGAGUCCUCCAUUGUGGAUUUGCAAUACGACGGCUUAUAUCGUUCCUGGCCGUUUCUUACAACCAAGCUGGUGAUCGACAAGGCUACAAUCCCAUUAGCAGAAUUUGCGAUCAGCCAUUUAGUUGCAUUAGAGGAACGUGUUGAAAACAUUGCUAGGGACUUCAAAUGUCAAAAUUAUCGAAAUAACAAAUCUACACAACCUGCAAAAAUAUCCUUUAUGCGUAAUCUACCGGAUUCUCCACAAAUAAAUAUGUUACUUAAUUAG